AUGGUCAGAUCUCUCAUUUCACCGCAACUGGUGGUUCCUCUGAAUUAUAAACAUCAAGGAUGCGGAGAUGUUGUCAAGAAACCUAAACUAGAUCAACACCGAAGCCGUUGUCAUACGGGAUUUGACUGCAUCGACUGCAGCAAAACGUUCAACACUCCUGCCGAAUACAAAAUACAUACAUCGUGUAUAACCGAGGCGGAAAAAUAUGAAAAGAGUUUAUACAAAGGACCCAAGACAGGGGGUCAGAACAACCAAAACCAAAACGGACAUCGUCCCAAUCAUAAUUCCUUCCGCGGCGGCUCCACAAGAGGAAGAGGACGUGGUGGGGGCUACGGAGGCUACUCUCAACGCUCCUCAGCGACUGGCGCCAAUGAUACGCCAUUAGGAACACCACGGUUUACCCCACCGAGACCAGUUGAAGCUACGGUUGGCGCGGAAACUUCGACGCCCUCAACAUCAGAACCCCUCAAUGAAACAUUAGAAAAGAAGAGUAGGAAGGAGAAGAAGAGACAUGUAGAGGACGAGGAAAAGGCAUCUGACGACUCGCGGCCCACCAAAAAGGUGAAGCACACCGAGACUUCGGAAGAAACGACCGCAGAGAAAUCCUCUGAGAAAAAGAAAAAGUCGAAGAAAGACAAAGAUUCUUCUUCCCACGAUGAGGAGAAAAAGAAACGCAAGGAAGCGAGGAAACUUGCGAAACAGGCGCAGGAAGAAGCCAACAAACACGUCGUGAUGGCUUCACCUGCAAAAAAUGAGGAACCGGAUAGCAAAGGGGAAAAGCGAGAAGCAGAAGUUGACGAGGAGUCUAAGGAGGAGCGAAAGAAACGAAAGAAGGCGGGAAAGGAGGCGAAGGCUACAGCAGCCGAGGCUGAUGAAGAGAAGGUCGAGAGCAAGUCGGACAACAAGAAGCGGAAAAAGGAUAAGAAGGAGAAAGAGGGUGAAGUUAGCGUUCCUACUCAGGAGCUGAGCAAAAAGGAAAAAAAGCACAAAAAAUCUUCAAAGCCCUUCGACUCUGCUAGUGCGGGAACGCUGGUUUCGGCGGCAGCAUGA